GUUUAGUGAACUGGAUAUAUCUGCAUUGAAAUGGAUAUAUAUGUUUAGCGAACUGGAUAAAUCUGCAUUGAACUGGACAAUAUCAAAGAUUUGGGAGGAAGAAAUGCCAACAGAUUUAGAUACAGAGUAUCUGCUAUCCCUUCUGUUUCCUCUACAUCGUGAAAGAUUACCUAGAUUACUGGCUUCCUCUCUUUUAUACUGUGGAAGAUAUGAAGACACUGUAAUUUUAGAGUGCGAAAACCAACCAACUACUAAGAUACUGAUAAUAUCAAUGGUAAAUCUACCCAACAGUGAUCCACCGAUAGCUCUGACCCCUGGAGGUCGUCUUUGUUCUCGUCUUGCAAUUCUAUAUCGUUGGAAUUCACAACAACAGCCUCCACCUCAAUCAACAACAAGGAGAUGAAUUGGAGAACCGAUGACGUCAUUAAUAUGUAGUACAGAACACCAGAAAACUGUAGAAUAAGAAGACGACAUUAAUAUGUAAUACAGAAAACCAGAAAACUGUAGAAUAAGAAGACGACAUUUAAAUAGCAAAUAGCCUUCUCAGUAGGUUAUUAGAUCACUUACUAAAUGAAAUGGGUCUAUUUACACUCAAUUGAUGUACCUCAUGUUCAUUAGACUUUUUAAAGUCAUAACUUGAGUCUAAAAGUCGACUUUCUAUACCACAGUUUUCUGG